AUGUUGGACCAAGGGGUCAUAGACGAGCUGACGUUCCGAUGGGACCCCGAACGAAUCACCGAGCCGAUUGUUACCUUUCUACCCGAGACUAAAACGUCGAAAAUCGUGACGCACGACGCCCAGGAUGGUCUGCUUCCGGUCUAUAACUACGUGACCCGGGAGUAUAUGAUGGGCGGCAUUGCUCGCGGACAAUGGUUCUGCACCCGCAUCCUGCUUCGUUGCCCGGCCGAUCCCCAGCGGUUUUCUGGCCUCGUCGUCGAGGAACCAUCUCACAUCUGGGGUGGAACAAGCAUGUGGAGUCUAAUCAACCGUUGGCUAAUGCGCAAUGGACAUGCGUGGCUGCAAGUGGAUUCGCAGGCUCCCGCGGCACUUGACCAGAUCAAAAAGGUUGAUCCGGAACGAUACAAGGAUAUGAUAUUCAUGGAUUGUGCGAGCUUGUCGGAUUUCCUGGAUGACAUUCCGAAUGGGGUGGCCGGCUAUGAAGUCUGGGAGCAUUACUAUCAGUUCAAGUUCAGGUGGUGGGCUGAAACCACGCAAUCUAUGGAUAUUCUCGCUGCUGCGUCGUACGCUUUGCGAUUGGGUGAGAUGGGUAUCGAGGCUAAUCGGGUUAUAUUGACUGGUCUUUGCCAGACAGCAGAUGUGACAAGGAAGUUUAUCGAGGAGGGACAGUCGCUGCGUCUCAAUGCUGGGAAACGCCCGUUUGACGGUUUUUUGCCCUGUCAGUCUGACGGCGGUCUCCGACUUACAGACAUACCUCCCUCGAAGGUCAUUGAAAUUCAAGGCGAAACGGAACUAUUGGCCCUCAAAGACAAUUUGUGGCUUGAGAGGGCGAAAUACGAUUUGUAUCAACGCCGCGAUGACAGUGACUACUAUCGACUCUACGAAGUAUCCGGAAUGCCUCAUCGCGAGACUCGAUACCUCUCCAUGGCCGACAAGGCACGUCUCUCGGGUAUCGAGAUUACAAAUACUCAAUGGACCACUUUCUCCAAGUCUUUUGUUUUCAACGCUAUCUUUGAAGCAAUGGACAAGUGGAUUACAGCUGGCAUUGAGCCGCCUCAAGGAGCCAGGAUCGUGGUAAAUGAAGACUGGGAGAUCCAGCGCGACCUGCAUGGAAAUGCCCUUGCUGGCGUCCGGACUGUCCAUACUGAUGUUCCCACUGCAACUAUUAUUGAUGUUGCUCCCAGGUCCUAUCCUCAUUGGCAUAUCUACACUGAGGUCCCUUUUAGUGAUGUUCACAUGUGGAUGAGCUACAAGACGGUUGGCAAUUAUCGACGCCAGGCUGGCGAGGCUAUCGAGAGGCAGAUUCAGAAUGGCUUCUUGCUGCCUGAAGACGCUGAGAUCCUCCGUCGGGAUACUAUUGAGCACGUCUCUUUUUAG